AAGGAAGCUUUAUUAUCCCUCGCUAUCGAAACCCUAAUUCUUGAGCAUCUUAGCGGCUGCAUUUGCUCGGAAAUCUAACGAAACUCGUUAGCCAUGGCGGAUAUCUCGGAUGCUGUGGAUGUAGGCGGAGCGCAGCCAAAGAAGAGAACUUUCAGGAAGUUCUCAUACAGAGGUGUUGAUCUUGACCAACUUCUCGAUAUGGGCACCGAUGAGCUCGUCAAGCUCUUCCCUGCCCGCGCUCGUAGAAGGUUUCAGCGAGGUCUGAAGAGGAAGCCCAUGGCUCUUAUCAAGAAGCUUCGCAAGGCGAAACGUGAUGCUCCUCCUGGUGAGAAGCCUGAGCCUGUAAGGACUCAUCUCCGCAAUAUGAUAAUAGUUCCAGAGAUGAUUGGGAGCAUUAUAGGAGUGUAUAAUGGAAAAACUUUCAACCAGGUUGAGAUCAAGCCUGAAAUGAUAGGUCAUUAUUUGGCCGAGUUCUCCAUCUCAUACAAACCUGUGAAGCACGGUCGGCCUGGUAUUGGUGCAACCCACUCCUCCAGAUUCAUUCCGCUGAAGUAAAACCAAGAGCAAGGAGACUUUUGGACUUAUUCUGUUGUGAAAGAGCUUCAGCUAUUAUAUUUCUCUUGUGCUUUAGAAUUGAUCUCUUGGAGUACUGCUAUCUUUUUAUGCUACUAUUUUAUCACAUGUUAGAUAAAAUACAUUUUUGUUCCUGUGUUUUCAUUUCUGGAUUUAGUCUUAUUAUGUGUGAAUUUAUAAAUUAAUUAUUUAUGGAGAAUUAAUUCUUUUUGUC